AUGAGGUUAAAAUUUCUGUUAUUCGUUGUUAGGUUGUUGGUAAACUUGUUUAUGCAAUCUUUUUAGGUUAUUUUUCGUAAUUCUGCUAAAAUAAAAAAUAAUCAUCAAAUGAUUUCUUUUUGUUAAUAAACUGGUAGUAAAUCAUUUACUUCUUACAAUGCACAAAUUGAAAUCAUCGCAAAGGGAAAAAGUGAAAAAGUUUAUAUCUUUCACCCAAACUGGUGAAAACACAGCCAUAUAUUGCCUUACUCAGAAUGAUUGGAAGCUAGAUCUAGCCAGUGAUAAUUACUUCCAGAAUCCCGAUGCCUACUACAAAGAACCGCGAAGCGUAGACAAAAAGAAACUAGAAUCACUUUACAAUAGAUAUAAAGAUCCCAAUGAGCCAGAUAAAAUUACAGUCGAUGGUAUUAUGAAGUUCUUAGAUGACCUAGGUUUACCACCUGAAUCAAAGCUUGUUCUUAUUAUAGCGUGGAAAUUCAAGGCAGCAACUCAGUGUGAGUUUACGAGAGAUGAAUUUAUAAAUGGAAUGACAGAAUUAGGUUGUGAUAAUAUUGAUAAAUUAAAGGCUAGGUUGCCAACAUUAGAAAAUGAAUUAAGAGAUAAUUAUAAGUUUAAAGACUUCUACCAUUUUACCUUUAAUUAUGCCAAAAAUCCUGGACAAAAGGGAUUAGACCUUGAUAUGGCAAUCGCAUAUUGGAACAUCGUUUUAAAAGGGAAAUUCAAGUUCUUGAAUCUGUGGUGUACAUUUUUACAGGAAAAUCAUAAACGCUCUAUUCCAAAGGACACUUGGAACCUCCUUUUAGAUUUCGCCCAACAAAUAGCAGACGACAUGAGCAAUUAUGAUGAAGAAGGUGCCUGGCCAGUCCUUAUCGAUGACUUUGUAGAAUGGGCAUCAACUAGAACCAAGGAAAACCAACCUCAUAGCACCAGCCAGCUGGAGUAACAUUACUUCUAUUUUAAUUUUAAAAAUCGACUCAAAUGGCAUUCAAUUUAUUCAUAAAACAAAAAGGAUGGCGUGAAUAUUGUGUAAGAAAAAAGUUGUGAGUGGCUCUAAAGUUAUAACAACAAUAAAAAUCGACAUCACCGAAAGUACUAGAUAUUGUAAAAUUAAUUUUUAGUAAUCAAUAAAAGUUAUGUUUAAGAAAUAUUUU